AUGAAGCUCACCACCACCCUCCUCGCCAUCGCCUUAACCUUCGGCCUCACAACCGCCACCCUCUCCCCCGCCUCCUCAAACACCAAAGGCAAAUACCCAAAAUCACCCUCUUGCAGCCCCGCAAAGACCAGCAAGGCCAUUCAAGCCGCCGAGUGCAGUCACAACACCAGAACCUCAAAGACCCAAACCUUUGCUGUGUUCAAGGUUGACCACCAAUACGAUGCCAAUCAUGGAGCUCCCUAUGGUACUUGUGUGGCUUACACUUGUACUGCGCCUACGGAUGCACAGUUGAGUGUUGACAGUGAUUACUGGACCUUCUUUUGGAAUGGGAAUGGAGAGAGCAAGGGUGAGGGUGCUGGAUGCAUCAAAGAUCCUCAGACCGGGGUUUGUGGGUGUGAAAAUUCGAAUGGGCAGUUUAUUUCGGGCUCUAGCAGCUGCAAGUAG